GGACGCCCCCACAGGAAAUGGUUAAUUACAAUUUCUGCUCAUGCAACUCUUUAGGCAUCUGUAGGUGUCGAACAAAACCUUGUACAGUUUCUUACAGGAUACGCUGCGUGGACCAAAUACAAGAAUCAUCUUACUAAUAAGCAUGAUUACACCCAUCUUUCUGCUGUGUAUUCUGACAAGGCAGGCUUUAUGUCAAACUAAAGAUAUUUCUCCUGCCAAAAUCUUUGCCCCACUAAAAACGAUAAGUGAAGGCAGCAGCCUUUAUAUUACAUGCAGCACCUUUGGGUCAAAGAAACAAAGUACCGUUUAUGUUUAUCUGUGUAAGGACGGUGUUGGAAUUGAUACAGCAAUGCAGAAGAAAGAGCAAAAUGAUGCUCACUUCGCCAUACGACAAGUUAGUCGUCAUGACAGCGGCCAUUACAGCUGCAUUUACUCUAGAACUAAGUAUAAGCCCUCUGCACUAAAUGAUACAGGAUCCUCCAGGAUUCAGAUUCAGGUUAUACCCAGUUUUCUCCCUGCAGACAUUUCAGUAGCUGGUCCAUCCACUGUCAGCGAGGGAAACCAUGUUGAACUCAGGUGCACUUUGUCUAAGACCGUGCAAACACUCGGUGAAUGUCAACUCGUCCAGUCGUAUUUGACAAGGAAUGACACCGUUGUCCAAGUGCAAAGAUUUAACAUCACACAAAUGGAAGCAACUUUCAUCAUUGAGGGAGCUGUCGUGAAGGAUUCAGGGAGUUACAGCUGCAUAGUGCUGCCCCUGAAAUGCUUUGAGAUGAAUAAAGGAGCGCUCUAUGGGAAUAAUUCCAUAUUAGUUGAGGUCAAAGCAAGUUUAGUCGGUCAAGUAAUGUUUUAUAGUGGAAUCAUAAGCCUGAUGUUGUCACUGGGUUUCUGUCUGUGGAUGAUCAGACACAGAUGCGGCUCCUCAAAAGGCAAAUAAUACAAUUUUUAUAUAAUUGAAGUACUGUAAUUGUAUACCAUUGUGCAUUACUCAAAUUCUGUGUUUGCCUGUUGAAACAGUCCACUCAAGGCACAAUCAAGUCUCUGACUGGUAAGACUUUUUGUAAAAACACUGAACGUACAAAUGAGUAUGCAAAGAGUAAAAAAUCUUUAGGGUUUAUAUUGUCUUUUCCUAUAGUCCAGAAAGUCAACAGCCACAUAUGCACAUGUUGGGGGAAGAGCAGGAGCAGACUAAGAGAGAGGAUGUGGAAUCACCAGACAGUAUGUUAACAAGAAUCCUAAAAAAAAUACCUUAGAAAGAAACAUAGAAUGGAAAAUCAAAGUCCAGUGCAUAAAUAAAUGUUAUUGUAAAUAUUAAUGCUUUUUUUUACCCUUCUAGUAUUUUCUUAAAGUCUUAUGUUGGUCAUGUUUUUGUUUUUGAUAUUGAGGUGGAUCUUUCAGUGUGGAGGAGGAAGACAGGUAAAUAUAAAAAUAAAAUAACUGUUAUUUUGCUGUCACGUGUUGGGAUUUAUCACCAGUCUGUCUGUCUGAAGUUUUCAGAGUGAUGAUUCUUCUUACUAUAAUGGAAUAGUGUACAGUGGCAGAUGACUCCAUCCUUCAAGCACAAGAUCAGACAGUAAGCUGACUGAAUAACCACGUACAGUAUCCUGUGUGCUGCAGCUUUUAUUUGUGAGCAAGGCAAUGCUAUAGAAUGAAUAUAAACAGACAAGCUGUCAGAAAUCUGAUCUCACCCAAAGAUCUGCUAAUGAAACACUUCUGCUUGUACUUCCUAGCGAAUCACUUACUUGGGUCUUGUUUGAAUCGUAGUCAUUCAAAUCCUCAAACUACUGUAUGUAUUGUAAUGAGUAGCCUUUUUAGAGCUUUGUGCCACUAGUGUGUUAAACAUCAAGGCUGAUUUUUGCUGAGUGCUAAAUAUAAUCCCAAAAUAUCAGAUGUUUCCUUUUCUUGCAUAUGUGUUACAGUAAUUAAACAUUUGGCUCUGUUGAUUUUAUUGUUGGAAAAAAUGCAUAAAAGAACAUUAAA